UAUACCGACGUUUUUAAUAGUGUAUAGUAAAAAAAUGUAUGCUUGUAUAUUAUAUUAAAAAUUAUAAAAAUGUAGUUUAGAAAUUGGAUUGUUAAGCCUAUUGUCAUUUCACUGUAACGUUUGUUUAGUUAUAGCUUUUCAAACUAAUACUUCAAUAAAAAUGGUUCAAAUUAAUGUAUACUUUGUUUUAUUUGUCUGUCUUUAUCAUGUAUCAUUUAGUCAUGCAGAUUUCCUUUCAAUCAAAGACAAAAUGUAUAUGAAUAUCAAAGCUGACUACCCUUGUUUUCUCAGGCUGAAUGGCACAAAUAAAGUGGGAUGUACAUCUUCAAGGUUUGGUAAUGUUGGAACAUUGCACUUUGUAUCAAAUAUAACGGAUUUGAAGGGGUUGCUAAAUUUUGGAACGGCUGUUCCUUAUAUUGUAGCAUUGACACCUAAAAUGUUUACUGAUCAAGUUUUACAAAGUAUUGAAUUAAAUACUACAAAAAUCAAUGGAGUGGUUUUAUUAAUGAAUGGUACCAAUCGUGAAAUAAUUGAUGCUGAUAAUUUACAAACAAUGGGAUUCACCCCUGAGGAUACUUGUCCCAAUCGUUAUUCAAGUAGUACUAGCUGUCCUAUGUCCCCCUGGAAUCCACACGGUUCCAGUAUUCUUCUGAAAGGUUGGAGUUUUCCUAUAUUCAUUAUUUAUGACAAGGAAACUAUUAAAGAAAUGUUUAAUUGUUUUAAAAAAUACAAUUUACCUACAAAUAACCAAAAUGAUCGAUCUUUAUGUACUGUUGAGCUAAAAUCACACAUGUAUGCUGCUGUUGAUUCUAAAACUUGUAUUAGACGUACAGUGAUGUCGUAUGAAAAUAUAAGACCGAUUAAAUUUUGUGAUCCAUUGGGUGAUAAGAAUGUAUAUUGGUCUUUAAAAGAACUUGCAGCAAGCACACCAAAUAAAUCGGUGGCUAUUGUUGCUGCUCGUUUGGAUGCUACUUCUAUGUUUCAAGAUUUAGCGCCUGGUGCAUUAUCUACAGCUACAUCAAUAGUAACAUUAUUAGCUACUGCCAAAUUUAUUUCAGAAAUACUACCGUAUGAUGAAGCUAAAAAUUAUUCUAAUAAUAUAAUGUUUAUGUUAUUUAAUGGAGAAGCAUAUGAUUAUAUUGGAUCGAGUAGAGUCGUAUAUGAUAUGGCUAAAUUAAAUUUUCCCAACGAUAAUGUCAAACUUCAGCUAGAUAAUAUCGGCCUUUUUGUAGAAUUAUCUCAAAUACAUUAUGACAAAGAAAUUGUAUUUCAUCGUCCAAAAAAAUAUAAUGCGAGUGAAAAUAUUCAAAAUUUUAUUAGUAUAUUUCAAAACAAUCUUGCCAAAGAUGGAUUUAAUAUAAUUGAAUCAGCGUCUUCUUCUAUACCACCUGCAUCUAUACAUUCAUUUCUAAAAGCUGAUGCACAAUUUCCUGGUUUAGUUUUAGCAGGUUUUGAAGAACAAUUUAAAAAUUUAUUCUAUCACAGUGUUAUGGAUGAUGCCAACAGUAUAGAAUUUACUAGUGCAGAUAUUUCCAAUACUUUGGCUAAAAUAUCAACGUCGCUUGGUUCUUCACUUUAUAGUUUUGUUACAAACAGCACUUAUAAUGGCAACAAUAAUGUUGAUCCUGAAUACAUUAAAAAAUUAUUAGAUUGCUAUGUGAAAUCUACCAAUUGCACAUUAUUUCAGUCAUUAACUUCAUUGCCAUUGCCUGACAGGCCUCCAAAUUAUUAUAUCAGUAUAGAUUUAAUUACAAACACUAUUACUACACUUACUAGAUUAUUAUUAUCUUCAUUUGGUAGUUCAAAAAUUGAAUCUGUUCUUAAUGAAGAAGACUGUAACACUUAUGAAACAAAACCGGGAUUUUCAGCAUUAUGGUUAAAAGGAAACUUUUAUAAUGGUUGUUAUUCAACUACAUCUAAUUACACCGAUGCUAUAAGUCCAGCCUUUAUUAUACCUGGUUAUGACUUGUCAUCACCGAGAUUUUCAACAUGGACAGAAUCAGUUUGGCAAGAAGUACAGAUACGCAUGUUCUUAAGACAGUCAUUCCAAAUGCAAAUAAUUAUAUUCAUCCUAGGAAAUUUUUUAUUUUUGCUCUCAUUCAUUAUUACUCGAAAAAUAUAUGCACAAUCAGACAUUUAUUUUACUAAUCAAGAAGUCAAUUCAGUUACUAGUUGAUAACAGUUGGUGUUUGAUGCCACAACUGCUGCAGUGGUCUGUGAUUCCAUUUGUACAUAAAACUUUUUAUUUCACUGUGUGUAUUAACUAUUAAUAUUUAUUUUUAAUUUUUUUAUGUGUAUUAUGCCUAUUUAUUCUACUUCUAAAUAAUUUGCAAAUUAUACUUGAACGAAAUAUUGUCUUGUAUUUUACUAUUUUUUUAAAAAUAAUAUCUAUAGGUUUUAAUUUCUUAAGUAGUAAUUACUGUUAUCAAACUCUAAUAUGUAUGAUAUUUAUCAUUAUUAGUAUUACUCGUAUAUUUGUACUUAAUAUCUAAAUUAAUAAAAUUAUGAAUAACAACAAAAUGAUAAAAUAAAAAUUAUAAUCACAAUAA